AUGAGCAAAUCUCCGCCAUCGGAAACUACCAGCGAGACGCAAAGCGUAAGCGAUGAAUCCAUUACAGCUUCAAACGCUAACUUGGCCCCUCUUUCGACUAAAUCGAAUGCAGCGACUAAAUCGGGAAAGAAAUCAGUUCCAAAGGAGGAUCCUAAGGAGCGCCCGCCGUGGCGUGCGGCCAGCGUCAGCUCCGUGCUUCCGAAAAAAGAUCUUCGUGCUAGAAUUUUGGAUGCAUCUAAACGGCUACGGCGAGCGAAUGUGUCUGUUCAAACGGAUCCGACACCCACAAAGCUAAUGAAGGAGGCGUCCACCGACGAGCAGGAAGAUCUCAUCACAAUGAAGGACGAAGAGAUCCUUACUGAUGGAAAUUUAGUCGUGAAAGAAGUUGGCAAUUUGAUUUUCACACAUUCGGUUGCCCAGAUGACGGAUACGGUUCAGACCAUCAAUGCGGCCACCCAGACGGCGCUUCCACGCAGCGCCGUGUCGUUUCGAAAAUUUUUGGAAGCCGGUGAAAGAGAUGGGCAAAAUUCGAACUCCGGAAGUGAAGAAGCACCCGCUGAACUUGUGCGCGAAUAUUCCUGUUUUGAGGAACUGUUAAAAAUAGACAAACAGAUUAAGCAGUUUUUCGAUAAUGAACUGGAUAUUCUGGAAGUGCCGGACAUACCGGAAGACAACGCUUCCGGUUUGGGUGACGAUAACAGUAAGGAUAAAAACACUCCUGAUCUUUUGGCUAUGUCAUCUCAGGAAACCGGUCAACACAAACCUCGUUUGGCGGAGCCAUCAACCUACUCUUCCUGGCAGAGCCUGGACUUUUCUGAUGAGGAAUUAGAGAGCUAUGUACCGCGUGAACUUCCCCGUCGUACAAUCGGUGAAGGCGAUCAACCGUGGGCGAAAUUCAAGGAUCUUGUAAUCGGUUCGCGAGUGGUCAAUAUGAGGCUUUCUCCGAUACCAGCCAGAAAACCCAAAACAAACAACAAGAAAUCAGUCACGUGGAGUGAUGCACAACAUCGUGCUGUGUCCGACCUGCUGCACGAGGCGACAGCACUUGUGGAUAUAUUCGAUCAGGUUUCCAUGCUGCUUGGUCCAGACAUCAAACUACACACCAUACCAGUGGCUGAAGACGACUUCAAUCUACCCCCACCCAAAUGGGAACCUCUACUGACCAAAUCCUGUCACAUUCUGGAGGAAAAGUUGGCGAAAGUCCGACACUUGAACUGUGACGAUUUAGACGAACAGCUGCGGUCGCCGAAACAGACGCAGCCAGUUAUCGAUAUUGAAGUAAGUCUGUAA